GAAUAUUGGUGAUAACAUUUUACCAAACACAUCAUAUGAUAUUGAAGUACUUAAAAAAGAGCUUAAAGAUGAAAUUGAAUCAAGAAAACUGUUGGAGGAAAUGUUAGAAGUCUCUAAAAACAAAGAAAAUGAAUUAUUUAUGAAUCAAUAACUCGUUUCGAACAUCAUUUUCUUGGUGACUUUAACGCUAGUCCAUACUAUUUAUUAACAUAAAAUGAACCCAAUAUCGCCCAAAACUCAAGUAAUGACUAGAUCUGCUUCUUCAAAUUCAUCGAAAAAUCAUAAAACUCUCUCUACGCCCGUAACAUCUGAAGAAAUAUUAAAAGCCAUUGCUGAUUUAAAAUCUAUUCAAAGUGAUACUUUGACACAAUGUAAAGCAAACGCAAAAAAUCUAGAUACACUCAUAUCACAAAUUUCUGAACUAAAAUCUGAAAAUAUAACUUUAAAAAAUGAUAUUUCUGCCCUUAACACAAGAAUUGCAAAUCUUGAGAAAAAUAACCCUGGCUCUUCUCAUGACUCAGUAUCUCAAUUAAUGUUCGAAUUAUCUGAGCGUGAAAAAUGUAGCUCAAAUUUAAUUGCUUUUGGUGUCCCUGAAUCAAAUGCACCAGAACUCGGGAAUAGAAUUAGUGAAGACUUAAAGAACUUAUCUGAACUUAUUUCUUCUGUGGGAAUUUCUGCCCCUCCUGACAUUAAAGUCAUUAGGUUGGGAAGAAGAAAUGACCAUUCAUCUCGUCCACUUAAGAUUUUUCUAAAAAAUAAAUUAGCUGCAGUGGAGUUUCUAAAAUUAUUUAAUACUGCUAGUAAACGUUCCCCAAACAAUCAAGUUUUAAAGCUUGUUCGUGACAAGACACUACGUGAACGCGAGCAGCUUCGAUCUUGUCAUUCCGAAUUAGAUCGUCGAACGAAAAGUGGCGAAGCUGACCUUACUAUUUCAUACUUAAAUGGCGUCCCUACAGUUCUGAAAAGGAAAUCAAAAAACGGAUCUCAUUUUCUUCAAACCAAACACCGAACUUAAAUUCAC